CUGGCUUAAUAUUGCAGUAUUAUACAUAAUAACGGUUGAAAUCCAUUGAUGAAUGGCUAUAAAAUACAUUUGUUUUAUAUUAAUUUGUUAUAUAUGAUGGAUAUCUAUUACGACUGAAAUGCUACAUCAUUUAUUCACGGCUGCUGAAACAGUUCGGUGUUAGUGACCAAGGAUAAUCGGAGUCGUGUGCAACUGUUUUCCUUCGUGCUGGACUUUAUUAAUUCUGUGUUUCCAUAGGAAUAAAAGUUCAAUGCAACGGGAAAUGCAGCUGUGGUAAGGACACAAGAUGCCAACUGUCAGUUACCAGUCGUCAUUACUACAGACAACACGCUUGAUUCUCGUGAUCCAGACUGACAAGAUAUAAGAUGAAAUCACCAAGUUGUAUCUUCGUCGGGAUUUUGCUGGCCCAAGUUUUCUUUCCCCAGCAUACGGUCUCAAACCUUCUAGAGAUGUUACGAUUUGUUGUUCCAAAGCCUGCCUUCUUUCAACCGAAGGACAUGCCAUGCGUGUCAUCGUGCCGCGGCGUCGCAAAUGGCGACUAUCCCUCGUGCACGGGAUGCAACUUCUUCACCACGUGCUCCAACGGCGCCAUCUACCCUUCGCGCCCGUGCUCGUGGUUUGGGGGGCUCUUCUGGAAUGAUGACCGGAAGAGCUGUGAUUGGUACCCAACCUACUGCAAGCUGUACACUAAACAAAGGGAACCUGAACCCGGCGAGUGUCUGAAAGCGGAGGACUGCCAAGACGUUCCGAACGGGGACUACCAAUCCUGCCGCUCGUGCUACGUGUAUAUCACGUGCUCAAACGGCGUACCGCUAGACGAGCGCAACUGCCCUUGGUUCCUGGUCUGGGAUGACGUCAAGAAGCGUUGUCUGUGGGGGUCGGGAACCUGCAAACCGACGAGGAAAGACGCCAUAUGGAGGCGGAAUUAUAUACGAGAGUUGCACUUCGGGAAACUGAAAAAGACGCCCCUGCUUGUGACUUACACGGGGGAUCGCUAUCUUGACGGUUAUGGUGACGAUUGAUUGACUGAUUGAUCGAUUUAAUAAUUUUGAUAAUAAAGACGCUAUACUACUAUUAUUAUUGUGACUUCAGUAAAAGUGAUAUAAUUAUUUCGGCUUUUUAAUUGUGGGUUGUUGUUUAAUCAUGGUAAACAUUUAUAUGAUGAGCAAAUAUACAUCAACACAAAGGAAGCUUAACAUAACUACCAUGCCUCAAUGUCACAACAAUACUCAAGUCAAGUCUCCAUCUCAGUCUCAACUCAAUUUACCGAAUUAAAACAUAUUAUUGUAUUUUUACUAUUUUUUAAAGCACAUUUCCUCCUAAAAUGUGCUGAUAAAACCUCAAUUUUUUAAAGAAAACUUGUUCUCGAGCAAAGCAAUAUACCUGAGUAAUUAUUAAAUAUUAUUAAUAAGUUGUACUCAAAUUCAUUUUAUGCUGUAGAAUAAUUUUUCUUUGGAAUCUUGACCAAAGUUUUAGGGAACACAUGAGAGAAUGCGCUUUUAAUUGUUUCAAACUGUUCAUGUAAUGUGGUCAAAUUGGUUGAUUAUGAGAUUGAGACUUUUGUGAUAUCCCAUGAUAUUGGGGCCAUAUGUUCAGAUCUGUAUUGAAAUGAUUCUGGUUAUCUGUAUUUUUUACUAAGCUUGGCAUAUUUUGAUUUAGUUGGCUUCAUCAACCACUGUAGAACUGUAAUUUAUCAUAUCAAAGCCUACAUGAUCGGAAUGGACAUACAGGGUGAAGUUUCAUUUUACCAAAUUGAAUGUAUUCAAACAUCAUUUGAAACAUUUGAAAGAACAGUGCAAUUUAAAUGAGUAUUUCUUCUUACUUUUUUAUUAGUUCAGAAACAUGACACUAUUAACUAAACGUCUCUAUUGCAAAUAUGUUGUAGGUAUGCAUUCUUCUGGGAAGUGUGUAGUUUAUGUUGUAGUUAGUACAGCAUUUUCAUUAAAAUCAUAGAUAAAUGUAUUCAACUGACUGUGUUAUAGAAAUAAUUAAU